UCUUUGGGCUGAAGCAUCGCGAGGUUUGUGGAUGUUAUCGCGAGAGCUUACACCUGUUUGUGUCUGGUCCAUGGUGUCCGGCUGUCCUCCGCCGCAGUAAGCCCAGCAGACGUGCCGCUCCGCUCCGCCGCAGCAUGGAGGCGGCAGAAGGUGUCGGCGCUCCCACUCCCACGGAGGAGAUGAACGGCGCCGGGACGCUCAUGGACUUCCUGGACGAGCCCUUCCCGGACGUGGGGACCUACGAGGACUUCCACACCAUCGACUGGCUGCGGGAGAAGUCCCGGGACACGGACCGCCACCGGAAGAUCACCAGCAAGAGCCGGGAGUCCCUGUGGGAGCUGAUCAAGAGCCUGCUGGACGCCUGGUCCGGAUGGGUGGUGAUGCUGCUCAUCGGCCUGCUCUCCGGGACGCUGGCGGGCGUGAUCGACCUGGCGGUGGACUGGAUGACGGACCUGAAGGAGGGCGUGUGCCUGUCGGCCUUCUGGUACAGCCAUGAGCAGUGCUGCUGGACCUCCAACCAGACCACCUUCGCCGACCGAGACAAGUGUCCGCAGUGGCAGAAGUGGGCCGAGCUGAUGACGGGCCACGCCCAGGGGGCCGGGGCGUACCUGCUGAACUACUUCCUGUACGUGCUGUGGGCGCUGCUCUUCUCCUUCCUGGCCGUCACGCUGGUGCGGGUCUUCGCCCCCUACGCCUGCGGCUCCGGCAUCCCAGAGAUCAAAACCAUCCUGAGCGGGUUCAUCAUCCGCGGCUACCUGGGCAAAUGGACCCUGCUGAUAAAGACGGUGACCCUGGUUCUGGCCGUGUCGUCGGGCCUCAGCCUGGGCAAGGAGGGCCCGCUGGUCCACGUGGCCUGUUGCUGCGGCAACCUCUUCUGCAGCCUCUUCUCCAAGUACAGCAAGAACGAGGGCAAGAGGCGCGAGGUGUUGUCGGCGGCGGCUGCGGCGGGGGUAUCGGUGGCGUUUGGGGCCCCCAUCGGCGGGGUUCUGUUCAGCCUGGAGGAGGUGAGCUAUUACUUCCCGCUGAAGACCCUGUGGCGCUCCUUCUUCGCCGCCCUGGUCGCCGCCUUCACGCUGCGCUCCAUCAACCCGUUUGGUAACAGCCGGCUGGUGCUGUUCUACGUGGAGUACCACACGCCCUGGUACAUGGCCGAGCUGGUGCCCUUCAUCCUGCUGGGCGUGUUCGGCGGCCUCUGGGGGACGCUGUUCAUCCGGGCCAACAUCGCCUGGUGCCGGCGCCGGAAGACCACCCAGCUGGGGAAGUACCCGGUGCUGGAGGUGAUCGCGGUGACGGGCAUCACCGCCGUGCUGGCGUACCCCAACCCCUACACCCGCCGCAGCACCAGCGAGCUCAUCUCUGAGCUCUUCAACGACUGCGGCGCCCUGGAGUCCUCGCAGCUCUGCGACUACGUCAACAACCCCAACAUGAGCCGGCCGGUGGACGACAUCCCCGACCGCCCGGCGGGGCCCGGCGUCUACAGCGCCAUGUGGCAGCUCGCCCUCGCCCUCGUCUUCAAGAUCGUCAUCACCAUCUUCACCUUCGGCAUGAAGAUCCCGUCGGGGCUCUUCAUCCCCAGCAUGGCGGUGGGUGCCAUCGCCGGGCGCAUUGUUGGCAUCGCCGUGGAGCAGGUGGCGUACCACCACCACGACUGGAUCAUCUUCAAGAGCUGGUGCCGCCCCGGCGCCGACUGCGUCACCCCGGGCCUCUACGCCAUGGUGGGAGCCGCCGCCUGUCUGGGCGGCGUGACCAGGAUGACCGUCUCCCUGGUGGUCAUCAUGUUCGAGCUGACGGGGGGGCUGGAGUACAUCGUCCCCCUGAUGGCCGCCGCCGUCACCAGCAAGUGGGUGGCGGACGCCUUCGGUAAGGAGGGCAUCUACGAGUCGCACAUCCAGCUCAACGGCUACCCCUACCUGGACGUCAGGGACGAGUUCACCCACCGCACCCUGGCCACCGACGUGAUGCGGCCGCGCCGCAACGACCCGCCGCUGGCCGUCCUCACGCAGGACAGCACCACGGUGGAGGACGUGGAGACGCUGAUCAAAGACACCGACUACAACGGCUUCCCGGUGGUCGUGUCCCGGGAGUCGGAGAGGCUGAUCGGCUUCGUCCAGCGCAGGGACCUCACCCUCGCCAUCAAAAACGCCCGGCAGAAGCAGGACGGCGUGGUGAGCAGCUCCGUGGUCUACUUCACCGAGGACGCGCCGCAGCUGCCCGCCAGCAACCCCCAGCCGCUGAAGCUGCGCCGCGUCCUCAACCUCAGCCCCUUCACCGUCACCGACCACACCCCCAUGGAGACGGUGGUGGACAUCUUCCGCAAGCUGGGCCUGCGGCAGUGCCUGGUCACCAGGAGCGGGCGUCUCCUGGGCAUCAUCACCAAGAAGGACGUCCUGCGUCACAUGGCCCAGAUGAUGAACCAGGAUCCAGAGUCCAUCAUGUUUAACUAGGCAGAGACCGAGCCACCCCCCCCCCCUCCAUUCCUCCAUCCAUCCGUCCUGUUUCCUCACCAAAACGCAGCAGCUUCCCUGUAGAGAGACACCAGGAAGGAGGUGGAGGAUUUAUGUGACUGUGGGGGUUUAUUUAACACGUUUAUGGGCUGAUGAUGGCUGAUUUGAUUGCACGUGUUGGUGUUGCCAUAUUUCUCUGUCCAUGGCCGUGUGUUCGUCUCCCUGUGAAGGACCCGAGGCGUAGUUUCUACCUCUGCUGGCUCUAUAAGCUCAUAAGCUCCUGUACCGAGGUGUUUGUGUCGGUUCUUUUCCCGUCGUGUCGUUCCCGUCGUCCCCAGACAAUGACGCUAAUAUUGAAGCUCUGGAAAUCCCUGUUUGUUCCCUGGAUCGGUACGAGUUGGAGGAAUAAAGGUGUGAAGUGAGCGGGGAGUCCCUCCUGCUGCCCGUCUGACGGCACUGACGCUAACAAACCGUUUUUUAGGUUUUAUUCACAUUAACACUCCAGAAAAAAUGGACGUCUGUGGUUUUUAAAAUGUGGAAAAUCUUCUUUGAAGCACUAAAUGAGAAGUUUUUAGAGACGUUUGGCACCGUUUUGGGUUUAAAUCUGUUCUGUGUUGGUUGAAUAAAGAUCAUUAAUGUUACAAAUACA